CACCAACUUCAGAUUCCCCAGUCUCGACGAUCAAGAACGGAAGCGUGUAUUAUGGCAAGUAUUGAUGCAUCACCUGAGCUAACAAAUCUCGCUACCGAAGUGAACGAGGAUCAAAAUGGCGAUGAAGGCUCUAGUGAUGGCAGUUCGGUCAUUGAAUUCUUUGAGGACAGUUUACCUUUGAUAUUCGGACAUUCAGCCUUUGCUUGUGGUUCGACUCGCUCUCGACCGUUUGUAUACCAACCGCCACUGAAAGGUGAGAAUGCCGCACUAGACUCAUCGCUCAAGAGACAAAGCCAAGGUCAAACUGAUCAUGGUCUCGAAUCCACCAAGUCAACUUACUUCCUUACAGGCGCACCACAUCUGGGUUUCGUCAAUUUAUAUGGCUGAUCUCAUAUAUGCAUCCGAAAUUGACUGUCAUGAUCGACGGAUUCUUGAACUUGGAGCUGGAGCUGGAUUAUCAUCAGUUGCGGCAGGAAUGUAUGGUUCACCUCGAAGGGUCGUCACAAGUGAUUGGCCAGACGAUCAAAUUCUUCAAAUUCUGAAUGACAACAUGGCUUCAAAUUUACCUGACCAUCAUCUUUGGCAUGUGAGUGGACAUCGAUGGGGGACUUCACCCGAUGAACUUCUGCUGAAGGCCGGUGAUACUGGCAAGCCGUCACGCUUCGAUAUUCUGUUACUCGCCGACGUGCUUUGGUACACGGACUCGCAUGAAG